AUGGAUUUAUUUGAAGUGUCAGACUUCUAUUUGAACAGGAUAGUCAGUGCCAAUGCUGGUAAGAAUGGUGGUAAGAAAGAGCUUAGUGUUUUGCCAGGAUCAAGAAUUAAAGUGCUGCUCCUUGAUCAAUCUACGGUUCCUAUAAUAUCAUUGAAUUCAACACAAUCUGAAUUAUUACAACAUGAAAUCUAUUUAAUCAAUAGAAUUGACAAUUUCAAUAGAGAUAAGAUGCGUCAUUUGAAAUGUAUAUGCUUCUUAGAGCCAACAGAAGAAUCAAUAAAUAAUCUUUUAGAGGAACUCCGCAAUCCAAAAUAUUCAAGUUAUGAAUUAUUCUUUAAUAAUACAUUGACAAAGACUCAAUUGGAAAGAUUAGCUGAAAGUGAUGAUUUAGAAGUUGUUACCAAAGUGGAAGAGAUAUUCUUAGAUUAUUUAACAAUAAAUAAAGAUUUAUAUUCCUUAAAUCUAAAACAAAGAAUUUAUGGAGACUCAAUAAACUCUUGGAAUGGGAUUGCAUUCAAUAAAUCUGUCCAGGGGUUAACAUCAUUAUUAUUAUCAUUAAAAGCAAGACCUAUAAUUAGAUAUGAAGCAAAUAGUAAAAUGGCUGCAAAAUUAUCAAAAGAAUUGAUUUAUGGAAUUGAAAAGACAAAUUCUUCAUUAUUUGAUUUUAAAUUAAAAGAUUCACCACCUCAAUUACUUAUAUUAGAUCGUAAAAAUGAUCCAAUUACACCAUUAUUAGUACCCUGGACUUAUCAAUCUAUGGUUCAUGAAUUAAUUGGGAUUGAAAAUAAUACAGUUGAUUUAUCAAAUUCACCAGGUAUUACUGAAGAUUUAGCUAAAAUUGUACUUAGUGCAAGACAAGAUCCAUUUUAUGAUGAAUCAAUGUUUUUAAAUUUUGGUGAUUUAAGUGAUAAGAUUAAAGAUUAUGUUUCUAACUAUAAAGAUAAAACUAAAACAAGUAGAAAAUUAGAUACAGUUGAUGAUAUGAAGAGAUUUAUUGAAGAAUUCCCAGAAUUUAAAAAAUUAUCAGGUAAUGUUUCAAAACAUAUGUCAUUAGUUUCAGAAUUAGAUAGAAAAAUUAAUCAAUUAAGAUUAUGGGAAGUUAGUGAAUUAGAACAAAAUUUAUCUUCUCAUGAUCAACAUAAUUCUGAUUUACAAGAAAUUGAUAAAUUAUUAUCAAAUAAACCAGAUCAACCUGGUAAACCUUCGGGACCACCAAUUUCUGAAGAUACUAAAGUUAGAUUAGUUGCAUUAUAUGCAUUAAGAUAUGAAACCAAUUCAAAUAAUCAAAUUCAAAGAUUAAAAGAAAUUUUAAAAAAACAAGGUGUUCCAUUAUAUAAGAUUGCAAUAAUUGAUUAUUUAAUUAGAUCAAGUGGUGUAUCACAAAGAUUAGAUGAUGAACAAUCAAUUUUCGAUAAGGCAACAUCAAAUUUAAUAUCAGGUUUUAAGACAAAUCAUCAAACAAAUAAUAUUUAUAUGCAACAUGUUCCAAGAUUAGAAUCAAUUUUAAGUAAAGCAGUCCGUGGUAAAUUAUCAGAAAGAAAUUAUCCAAUCCUUUCACCAUACCAAGGGAUUUAUAAUAAUUUAAAUCAAGAACGUGCUCAAGAUUUAAUUGUUUUCAUUAUUGGUGGUACAACUUUUGAAGAGGCAAGAAUUGUUUCUGAAUUGAAUUCUAUAAAUAAAAAUGUUCGUAUUAUACUUGGUGGUACUUCAAUUCAUAAUACACAAUCAUUUAUUGAUGAAGUGGAAGAUGCUGGUUCAAGAUGGCCAAAGACAACUGCAGGUGAACGUUUAAAUUCAAGGGUUAACUAA